GUCAUCUCUAAAGGAAAACCUCAUAUUAGUUGAUACACAUCUCUUGUGGAGAUAUGGAAAAAACCUGUGUAAUACAUCAAAGAACGUUAUGAAAAAGUGUUACAAGAAGUGCAUUAUAUAGAAAAUGAAUUUUUUUUGGUUUGUUUUCUGUAUAUUCUUCCUGCUGAUACCAGGAUCUAAGGAAUCCUUAUCACUAAUAAGUAGCGCAAAUGAUGAUUUUUGUGUAACAACGGAUUUCUCUGCAAUGUAUUAUACGACCAGUAAUGGUAAAGUGGGAACAAAAGAUAUCGAAUUCUUUCCACUAACCACUAAUUUUUGUGAUUUCGAAGAAGCCAAGUGUGUAAAAGAUUACAAAUUAGAUCCUUGGGAAUUGGCAUAUUCAGUUAACCAUGAAAAUGCACCUAUCCUCGAUCUUCGCUGGGAACGUCUGAAUAAUCAAGAACUACCCUUCGAAAAAGGAGAAAAUUUGGAGUUUUUGACACUUUUGCAAUUAUACGAUUUGAAUUAUUUCAAAUUACCAAUAUCUUUAUUGGCAGAAGAAGUUCAUUUACUUUUGUGUGACAGAAAAGAUGUACCAAAAGCAAAUUGUUAUUGGUUUGCUCUCCAAGGCUGGAGCAAUAAAUAUACUGCUAUGAGAAGAUGCAGAAGUGGUGAGAUAACAGGACGUUAUCCCUCUGGUAAAUGUUUCGAGAGAAGAGAAGAGAAACGUCACCCUGAAGAUUUUCCCCUCUUUCUCAGUGAAGAGAAGUGGAGUCAUAUAAUAAUUGAAAGGAACGAAAAAAAUUUAUAUUUGAAAACUUAUAAUGAUGGCAAAGAAGAGACUAUCAUCCAUUUCUCCGAAAAUGAUGAAAUGUUUCAAUUGCAAUAUUUGAUUGGACAUAGAAAAGAUGAACAAGCUUAUUGCAAAAUACACACAAAUCAUUACAUGAGAAGUACCACUACUUCCGAAGUGGUUUUCGAAAAUUGGUUUUCCCGAAUAGACAAAGGUUUCUGCUUGUCGAUCCUUCUGAAAACUUGUCAAUACUGUUCAACUCUGGUUUCAUUUCUGGAUGAAAAAAGUAACAUUAUGUUGGAAAAAUCUAUUUCAACUACCAACGAUUUUUGGGUGGAGGAUAAAAUAAUACUGAACAUUUCCAACAGCCAGUUUAUGAAAGUGAAAUUGAAAACAAUAUUGUUUGAAGGUUAUACUGCAACAGGGCACGAAUAUUGGUCCUUUGAUAAUUUUCGACAGUGUGUCACUGAAGAAUACCGAAUAACGCCACAGAGCAGCAAACAAAAAUUGUCGGAAUGUCGUUUACUUACCAAUAAUCAAGUAGUAAAACGACAAGAAGCAACUCGCUAUAAACCAGAUAACACUUGUUCAACAUCGAGUUCUAUAGGAAGUUCAUGCAUUUCUUGCAAUGUUCUCAAGCAACGCAAUAAAAAAACUUGCAAAAAAAUGAAGAUUUGUGAAAAUAUUGGAGGUUCCAAUAUAUGUUAUUGUUCUCCCGGAUAUACUGGAUACGAUUGCAGUGAAGAAUGUCCUAGUGGAUCUUUUGGAUAUCUUUGUCAGGAAAAAUGUGGUUUUUGUUCGGGAAACUGCGAUGUUUCAGAUGGAAGUUGCAACUGCAUAUAUUUAUUCGAAGAACCAACAUGUAAAAUGCCCAAAUACGAUCAAUAUCUAGCAAAAGCCCCAAAAGUAAUUCGCAAUACAGCAGAGUCUUGUGAAAUACAAUGGAAUAGUGAAGAUUUCGUCGGUAAAAACAAACCUAACUAUUACCUCUUACAGUAUACGGAUUUUUCGAAUCACCCUGUUGCUUGGUCAGAUUAUGGGCAAAUAGGAAACAUUGAAGAUAAUGAUAAAGGAUCAAUUGGAAAGUUGAAGAGAAGCAAAAAGUAUGGAAUAAGAGUCCUCAUAAGUGAUAAAAAAAGAAAUAUCAAGAACUUACAAUUCACCCCUCUACCUUACACAAUUUGCAAUACCACAUGCAAUGGUUGGAAUGAGAAUGAAAUAAAUGUGGUAACAACAUCAGAUUCUGUCCGUAUUUUUCUUCAAUUGGCGGAAGAUAAAUGUGAUGUUUCUUUAUAUGCGUGGAAUCUAGAAGAUCAUCAGGGUAAAAUUGUAAUCAACGGAAGCGCUUCUCUUGAUAUUAAGAUAAAACAGCUCGACCCCUUCCAGAAUUACAGAAUAGUGUUCUUUUCUUCAUCUGAUAAAAUAAGCAAGGACUUCAAAACUUUAGAAGGAGUUCCCAGUAAGGUUGAAAAUAUAGAAUUGGAAGAGUCUACGGCCAGUUAUAUGAAGAUAAAGUGGCAGGUUCCUGAAUAUCCAAAAGGGGAUAUUCAAAUAUAUAUAGUGAAGUAUCAGAAAGUGCGUAGAAUAUCCUGCAAAUCGAAGGGUUGGUUCAAAUCUUACGAAGCGAAUACUACGGUCAACAUAAUCGAACUCAAUAAUUUGGAACCGUACUCUGAAUAUAAAAUAACGAUUAAUGCUAUUAACAGACUCGAAGCUGGUGAUGAGGCAUUCACAUAUUUCCAGACACAAGGAUUAGAUUAUUUCAAAACCGAGGAGAAUUUGAAUAUCGUUAGUAUAUGGAUUGAAAGUCUACAAAGGGGAGCAUCGAUUACAUUCCAAAAUAUUCAGUGUGAAAAGCUGCUAGGACCUCUGAAUUUUUCCGUUAGUUUACAAUGCAUCAGUGAAUGGUGCUUAGAAACUGAAGUGCGAUCUGAAAUCCUUCAGUCGUUUCAAGGAACACUGAAUCUGAAGGGUUUGCAGCCAUAUUGUACAUACAUAUGUGACAUAUCAUUCUGCCGAAAUGGAAACUGUAAAAUACAUGGAAACAGGACCUUCGAAACAAAAGCUUCGGUUCCUAAUGAACUUAAAGAGGUCAUUGUGAUAGCUACAGGAGAUGCGUUCAUCUGGAUACGUUGGCUCCCACCUUAUCCACCAACAGGAAGAGCACAAAGCUACAAAAUAAUCACCAGAUGCGUAAAUUGUCGUUUGAAUCACGAAAAUAUUUAUAACCCUACUUUCCCUAGUUUGAAGAGAUGUUCUAUCUGGCCGGAAUAUUAUUGCCAUAAAAUUGACGACUAUGUCUAUUACAUGUAUCAGAUGUCAUUGCAGAUCGAAGCUGCGAAUGAAGAAAAUUAUAUAUAUAAACAAAUUGCUUAUAUACCCAAGAUUUUGGUCGAAGAAGUAGCAUCUGAGGAACCGUAUAAUGUAUCUGUUACUUUGAACCUGGAUAAUACCAUGGAAAUAUUCUGGAAUCAUCCCAAUAGAACGAAUGGAAUAUUGGAUUAUUUCCACAUACGCAUCGGUAUUGCUGAUGAGCCCUCUUUCAAUAUUACCUACCAACCUGUGAAAUGGAAACUGAAAUAUAAUAUGCCGAUUACAAAACCUGUACCUGCCGCGACGGAUUUAUCAAUAAUAAUAAUUGCCGUCAACAAUAAAUACCUAGGUCAUCCUGCACAGGUCGAUGUUAGUUCUUAUCCACCAAAGCCAGAUCUAUUGGAUUCUCAAAUUUACAUAGCCAACUAUACGAAAACAACAAUAAGUAUUUCCCUGAAUACAAAUCGAGUAGAAUAUCUUAGUCCGAAUGUAAAAAAAUUUCUGCUCGUUCUCAUCAACGACCAUUCACCAGAAACAAAAGAUUCCAAUCUGGAAAUACUGGAGAAAAUAAUGAACAUUACUUUUGAGAAAGAAUUGAGGGUGGUAAGUGAGCAAGACCUGGGAAAACUGUCGUGGAAUAUUCUAAAUUUGACAAUUGGGGAUGGAAAUGUAAUAAAACAGAGUUCUGUUCUCAAAACGAAUAUAGUGAAUAAGCCCCUGCAGGAAGCACGUUAUUAUACUAUUCUUGUGGUACUUUUGAACGAAUAUAAGGGUAAAUAUCGACAUACCAUUUAUAACGAUACAACAUUGACCCAAGGGAACCCAGAGAUGACUCCCCCACCCACACCAAAGUCUCCGGAAAGGGAAGAAAAAGAAGAAAAGGACAAUUCCUCAGGUGGGAGUGCUGCCUACGCCUUGCUUCUUCUUCUACUUCUCAUACCCAUCAUAAUAAUUGGACUGAUAUUGAAGCGUAAAAAUAUAGUGCUGAUUAGGCCAACCAUGUCCUUAGAGAAAAUUAUGGAUGGCUCUACGCAAAGCAAUAAUCUAUCGAAGGAAAAUGAGGAAACUAUACCUCUGGAUAUUAAAGAAACCGCAGUAUUACCCCAAAAACCUAUUAUGAAGGUAAAACCAAAACUUUCGAUGAGAAAAUCAACGGGACCCCCAAAUCCCCCCACUGAUUUAUACUCGAAACCCGUUAAAAUGGCAGAUUUCGAAGAAUACGUCAAGACGUCUAUAGAAAGCGGUGAACUAGAAAGGCAACAUGCAUUAUUCCCACGUGGUCAAACUCAGCCUUGGAAAUAUGGGUCGACAAAAGUGAAUAAACCCAAAAAUCGAUACAACAAUCUGGUGGCAUAUGAUCAUUCCAGAGUGAUACUGAAAAAAGUUGAUGGAGAUGAAUACUCUGAUUACAUCAACGCUAAUUAUAUUCAUGGUUAUAAUAUGGAAAGAGCCUAUAUAGCAACUCAAGGACCAAAAGCAACAACUUUAACUGAUUUUUGGAGGAUGAUAUGGCAAGAAAACGUCAAACACAUUGUUAUGUUGGCCAAUAUAUACGAAGGGGGAAAGAAAAAAGUUGAGCAGUACUGGCCGAACAUAAACGAAGAACUGACUUUUCAAGACAUAGUUGUUCAGUACCAUUCGAUGGAAUUGUUCGCGAAUUUUGAGUAUAGAAUACUGCAUGUCACGAGAGGAGUUGAAACACGAGAGAUCGAACAGCUUCACUUCACAACAUGGCCCGACCAUGGCGUUCCUCUAUACCCUCAAAGUUUAGUACCAUUCAUACGUAAGCUUCUGAAGGUACCAUUAUCAUCAGCUUCUCCCGUUGUGGUUCACUGCAGUGCAGGCGUCGGUAGAACAGGCACAAUAUUGCUAGCCGAUAUAAGUUUGAGAAUGGCUGCAAAGCAAGGAAUUGUGGAUAUGUUGAAUAAUCUCCAAAAGCUGAGGGAACAACGACCAAAUAUGGUGGACAAUGUUGAGCAAUACAAACUGGCCCAUCUGGUUGUUUUAGAGUGCUUGAUGGGUUUGAGGACCAGCGUGUUGUGCGACGAGAACAUGGAUAAAAACGUUCAAAAACUCAUAAGAGACGGGGAUUACAAAAUACAAAUGAAUUAUCUGAAAGAAACGGAAUGGCAAGAUCAGGCCAUGAAGAGUGUCGCUGAUUUCAGCGAGGAUUUACCCAGCUAUCCCGAGAAAAACAGGAUAGCGGAAGUCGUUCCAGAAAAUCAAGGAAGGAUUUUCCUUUCGAGGUAUCCCCAUGACGACGAGGCCUCUUCUUAUAUUAAUGCUGUCGAAGUAGAUGGUUUCAGAUGUCCAGGACGGUUUUUUGUUACGCAACAACCCAUGCCCAAUACCAUUGGAGAUUUUUGGAGGCUGGUAACGGAGAGGAAAAUCAAUGUGAUGAUAUCUUUGAAUGAAGUUGACCCCAGAGAGAAGACAUGCUGCAAAUUUUGGCCAACAGCCGAUGAUGAUGAACUGCAACCUGUUGACUUCAUUUCGGUAAAAUUCGGUAAAGUGACCGAAUUGGAGUAUUACGACAUAUACUCCGUACAUGUUUGGAUCAAAAAUAAACGGCAGAAGGAAAAAUUCGAUGUCGAAAUUGUCUCCUUCAAACGAUGGCCCGCAAAAUGUAAACUUCCCCCAUCUUGCGAAGAGCUUUUAUCUUUCUAUGAAGAAGCUGAUGCCAUUUCAAGGAGGUCAACCAACGUUAUUGUCACAUGUUUCGAUGGAUUUACUGCGUCCGGCGUAUACGUUGCUCUAUCUUUCAUAAUUGAGCAGAUGAAACUGGAGCACGAAUGCGAUGUCUGUCUUGCUGUGAGAACUGUUCGACAUAACAGAAAACAGUUUGUGACUGAUGAGAGUCAAUUUUUGUUCCUCUAUGAAUGCGCUGUUAAAUUUAUAAACGGAUUCCAGUCGUAUGCCAACUUCCAAAACCAGUGAAUAGAAUAGAGCUUCUCAGCAAGCCCAGUUGAGUGUGAAUCAACAAAAUUAAAACCUUAAGUUAAUCUUAUAUGUAAUAAAAAAUAAAACACAAUAAGUUUGGUUAAUAAAGAUACAGAAACCACGG